CGCUGGCGUGUCAAAUGGAUAGAUGUUCACCUCGUCUUAGCUCCACAAAGAACACUCGUUGAAAACUUCUCAGGUACUGAAUCAGAUCAGGCGGCUCGUCAAGAAAACGCUGCUUCAUUUCAAAAUUACAAAGACAGAGGGGACAAGCAAGUUGCUGUUGAAGAAGCCAUGUUGCCAAUCUUCGAGUUUGUUGACGAAAAUGUCAUCGGGGGCAAGACAAGUUUUGAAGGACCUUAUGGGCAAAGAAGAGUUAUCUAUUGUGAUUACACCGCGUCUGGGAAGCCCCUUCGAUUUAUCGAAAGGUACAUCAGGGAGUUUGUUUAUCCUUUUUACGCCAACACGCACACAACUACGAGUGUGACGUCACGACAAACAACAAGAUUUAGACAGGAAGCACGGGAAAUCAUCAAAAAGUGCGUCAAUUCCGGACAGGAGGAUGUAGUUGUGUUUACAGGUAGUGGAGCUACUGGGGCUAUUCAUAAAUUAAUCCAUGCUCUACAGUUAACAGGAAAAGUGGUUGACAAAACCGUAGUGUUUGUGGGUCCGUUUGAACAUCACUCAAAUAUCUUACCGUGGAAAGAAACAGGAGCGAGGAUCAUCAGAAUACAUGAUAAUGACCAAGGCACAGUCAAUAUGAAGAUGCUUGAAGCACAACUUAGGAAAUAUCGCUUAGCAGAAUACAAUAUGUACGUGGCGUUUUCAGCAGCCUCUAAUGUCACUGGGAUCCUAACAGACACUGUAGCGGUGGCUGAACUGUGUCAUAAAUAUGGUGCCUUGUCAUUCUGGGAUUACGCCUCGGCAGGUCCAUAUCUCAAAAUUGACAUGAACCCAACACUCACCGGGUACAAAGAUGCCGUCUUUCUGUCUCCUCACAAAUUUGUAGGGGGACCUGGAACUCCAGGCUUACUAAUUGCUAAAAAAAGGCUCUUUCGAAAUCCUGUGCCCGGUGGAUGUGGAGGAGGAACGGUUCUCUUUGUGACACGUGAUACGCAUUUGUAUUUAAAAGACAUUGAAGAGAGAGAAGAAGGUGGAACACCAGCCAUAGUAGAGUCAAUACGGGCUGGUAUGGUCUUUCAACUUAAAGAGUCUGUGGGGAUAAAGACUAUUGAAGACAGAGAAGAAGAAUUAUGCAGAAAUGCCUUUCAAGUUUGGGGAAAAAAUCCAAACAUAACAAUUUUGGGGAACGAGAAUGCUCGUCGCCUGCCAAUAUUUUCUAUGCUGAUACAUCAUCCAGACAGUGGAAAGAUUUUGCAUCACAAUUUUGUUUCUGUACUACUCAACGAUCUUUAUGGCAUCCAGGCUCGCGGAGGAUGCGCAUGCGCAGGACCUUAUGCACAGGAUCUUUUGGGAAUAAACGAAACUAUAGCAAGGAAAUUUACUUGGUUUCUUGAGUCUCAUGAAAACGAAGACGUAGAACUCUCAUGCAAAGAACCUUUGGAAAUCAUGAAACCGGGAUUUGCGAGAGUCAAUCUACCUUACUUCAUGGAUGACGAGACAGUGCAUUUUGUGUUAGAAGCAGUAGACAUGAUAGCCAAACAUGGCUGGAAAUUGUUACCACAGUACCGAUUUGAUCCACACACUGGGGCCUGGGAAAACAGAUAUUUCAGCGCAGACGAAGCUAAACCACCGUUCAGUCUCCAUGACGUCACCUAUGACGAAAUUGGAGUAGUAAUGAAGACUACAGGAAGACCACGUGAGUUCGACGUCAAGCUUGAGGAAAUAGCUAACGCAGCCAGCAAAAUCUUAAAAGAGGCAGUUGAGUUGAAUAAGGAAAUAAACACGCUCGACGAUGAAAGGGUAGAGUUUAAGGACGAUAAAAGCCAGUUAAUCUGGUUUUUGCAACCCCAGGAGGCACAGUUUUACUUGGCAGCCGAGACAUUGAAGCAUAAACCCGGCAGCACAUUUGUGAGAACAAAACUUCCAUUUAAACCACGAAAAUCUUCGAGAACCACGAGGAAGUGGCCAGAGAUUCAUGAAAUUCAAGAGUACCUGAAGAAACUUAAGGCGAUAGAAGUUGGCGAAGAAGAUAUUCCUCAGUUGCCAACUAUUAAUAAUAACACUACAGCUGUGAACAAAAAAAUAGAUGGUGACCAUCGUUUUAUCAUCCCGCGUGAAGCUUGGAAACCACAUGGCAAGUCUGGAGAAUUAAUUGCGUUCGGCAAAAAGCGAUCAAAAAUUUGUUGUAUACAAUAACAGUUAUUUCCUACCGGAAACUCUAACGCUUUGUUGGUCUUUGAAUGGAAACGUCGACAGAACAUGUUGAAAAUGUAGAGUAUUUAUGUAUGAUUUAUGGCAUUUAACCGACAUUUGGAUAUUUCGUGUCAGUUGCAGAAAUUUUCACGAUGUGGUUGAAUAUAUUUAAGCUCGU